AUGGCACCUUUAUAUCAAGCUAUCAAUGUCCAAUUUUACGAGAAUGUGCCCGGUUCACAUGCUGUCUAUCGUGCGGUAGCUGACCCAGAAUGGACAGUAGCUGCGGUGCCCAACGGCGGCUACCUCCUAGCGAACGUUGUCGAUGCAUGUAUGCAGUUCCAAGCUUUAGCAAAGUCGCAUCCAGAUCCCAUACAUGUUACGGCCCAUUUCCUGCACAGCACCGCCGCUGCUCCGUUCGAUAUACACAUCCGAGUUCAAAAACGAGGGAAAGGGUUCACGAAUCUUGUAGCAGAGCUCAUACAGAAUGACAAGACUACCAUCACAUCCCAUCUCAUCUUUGGGAUCCUCACCCCAUCACCUGAUUCUCCAAACAAGACGCUUGCGCCUCCUUCGCCCUACGCUCGACGAGUGCCUUUGUACCGGCAUCCGUCUACCGCCCCAAUAGAACUUGAGAAGAUUCGGGACGUAUACAAAUUUAGACGGCACUUCCAGUGUACGCAGGAGCCUGAGAUCCGAGCCAGGGCUGCUUUGGAUAGCCCGACGCGUACCAACAAGACAACAGUCGGUGGCGGAGGCGUGGAAGGUGGCACUUGGUUCGGCCUCACGGACAGGAACGAACGAAUAACGACGCCUUCCCUUGCUCUGUUUGCGGACGCCUUCUUGAAUAUUCCCUUGCUGAUACCGAAGAGUGAACCACAAGCGCUUAGAUGGGGCUGGUUCCCUACGAUGGUCAUAACGCUCGAGUUUAAGUUUUCGAUACCUCCACCGUCUAAACACCACGCAACCCGGACGGUUGGGAUGUUUUGGCGUGGAAACUUCGUAAAUGACCCUCAAGGGAGACACGAAACGUACGUGGAGUUGUGGAGUGCACCGUCGGAUAUCGGGGAAGGCAUCGAGCUCGACGGUUGGCGGGACAAUCAAGUCUGUUUGGCUGUCGCUAAUCAGAUGUCUCUGAGCCUCCCCAUGGAGGUUAAUCUCAAGCAAGGGAGUAAUGACUCGGCGAAACUGUGA